UACAAAAUAUAUUAUUUACUCAUGUAUUUUACAUAUAUAAAUAUAGUUAUACAAAUAUGCUAUAUAUAUAUUUAUUCGAGGUACAUAUAGUAUCAAUUCUAAAAUAACAAUGAAUCUUCAAAAUUUUGUAUUCUAUGACCGACGCUUGCGCUGUACUGUUCUCUAUGUGAAAGCACAGUUCUUUCACUCAUAAACCUCUGCUUUGUACUAUUGUAUAUUUUCAAAGCAGUGCGUUGAAAUAUUUAUACUUUGUGUGAAAAUAUAUUUCAAAUAUUAAGUGUGGAAAUUAGUCGUACGGUACCGAUUAUUAAUUUCUUAGAAAAAAUAUCGGGAUAGUUUUAUUUGCAUUGCUGCUUCAUGUUCCAUCAUGAGUGACUAUUCAGCGGUUGCUCCGCCUCAAAAUUUUAGUCAAAGCUCUGCAUUUGCGGCAGCUUUGCAACGUGCAAAACAAAACCUGAAGCAAAAAAGAUGGCAUCAUUGGUAUCAGACCCACUAAUGGGACUUCGUGGCUCAGCAGGAAGUAACGUAUUAGGGGAGUCAAUUAAUCCAACAGGACGAACAGGACAAACAGGAUCUUCAGCAGGACCAAUUGGAAAUGUAGGAGGUAUUUGUAACGAAGAUAUCAGAGUUCCAGAUAACAUGGUCGGUCUGAUAAUUGGCAGAGGUGGAGAACAAAUAACAAGAUUGCAGAGCGAAACAGGAUGUAAAAUACAAAUGGCACCAGAAAGUGGUGGGCUACCUGAACGUCUUUGCACAUUAACUGGCUCACGAGAAGCUGUCAAUCGAGCUAAAGAAUUGGUAUUAUCAAUUGUAAAUCAAAGAAGUAGAACUGAAGGAAUUGGUGAUAUGAGUGGAAAUAGUGGAGGAAUGAUGGGUCAUCCAGGAUUCGUUGAAAUAAUGAUUCCUGGACCAAAAGUUGGUCUAAUUAUUGGGAAAGGUGGAGAAACGAUUAAACAGCUGCAAGAAAAAUCCGGAGCAAAGAUGGUUGUUAUUCAAGAAGGUCCUUCUCAAGAACAAGAAAAACCUUUAAGGAUAACUGGUGAUCCACAAAAAGUUGAAUAUGCCAAACAAUUAGUUUAUGAAUUAAUAGCUGAAAAAGAAAUGCAAAUGUUUCAUAGAGGUAUAAGAGGAAGUGAUAGAAGUGGAAAUUAUUCAAAUGAUAAUAAUUUUAAUCAUGGUUCUGGAACUACGGAUGGUGUAGAGGUACUUGUCCCAAGAGCAGCAGUAGGUGUUGUUAUUGGUAAAGGAGGAGAUAUGAUUAAAAAAAUACAAGCAGAAACUGGAGCAAGAGUCCAGUUUCAACAGGGACGGGAGGAUGGUCCUGGUGAUAGAAAAUGUAUAGUGUCUGGAAAACAUCAAGCUGUGGAACAAGUGCGUCAACGUAUUCAGGAACUUAUUGAUAGUGUAAUGAGAAGAGAUGAUGGUAGAAGUAAUAUAGGAGCAAGAAGUGGUUCACGCGGAAAUGGAUUUGGCAAUAAUCGUAAUCCAAAUGAAUAUGGUGGAUGGGAUAGGCGUCAAGGAGGACCUAUGCAAGAUAAAAUAGAAACAACGUUCACUGUUCCAUCUUCAAAAUGUGGUAUUAUUAUUGGAAAAGGUGGUGAAACUAUUAAACAAAUAAAUCAGCAGACUGGAGCUCAUUGUGAACUAGAUAGAAGAAAUCAAAGUAAUGAAAAUGAGAAAAUUUUCAUAAUUCGUGGAAAUCCUGAACAAGUAGAGCAUGCAAAAAGAAUAUUUAGCGAAAAAUUAGGCAUGGCCCCAGCUAAUACGUCAUUUACUGGUACACAAGGAGCAAUUGGAUAUAAUCCAACUUGGAAUACUGGAACUGCUUAUCAAGCUUGGCCAAGUCAACCUCAAACUACUGAUACAAGUGCAGCAAGUCAAGCGCCUGUUCAAGUAAAUCCACAAACGGGACAGCCUGAUUAUAGUGCACAAUGGGCAGAAUAUUAUCGAUCGUUAGGUAUGCAUAGGGAAGCAGAUAUGAUCGAACAACAAGCAAAACAAGGAAAACAAGAUCAUCAACAAUCAGGAAAUACACAAAACCAAACUAAUGCAUCAACAACUAAUACUGCUGGACCAGCACAACAACAGCAGCAACAAACACAACAGCAACAGCAACAAACAGGAGCUACACAGAAUGGAGGUCAAGCUGAUUAUAGCGCACAGUGGGCAGAGUAUUAUAGAAGCAUUGGUAAAAUAAAAGAAGCAGAAGCUAUAGAAGCUCAAAUGAAAGCAGGAAAGUUGGGAAUGCAAAACAAUCAAAUGGCUCAACAGCAAAUGCAACAAAGUAUGCAAGGACAAUCUGGUCCAGCGAGCGGGACUCCUAAUGCAUUUCCACAAGCUUAUGGUAGUUAUCCAACAAUAAAUGCCAAUUCAACUCCAACAGGAUAUUAUGCAGCGGGAGCUGGAGCUACUACACAAUCACAAACCGGUCAACAAAAUCCGUCUUUCCCAACAGGCUAUCAGAAUUAUCCUUAUUCACAAACGAAUACAGAAAGUUAAACUUCCAUCGAGAAAGAUAUUAGCUGUAAGUAAUUAUUAUAUAUCGUAAAUAAAUAUGCAUGAAUUAUUAGAAAAUUGUAUAAAAUGAAAAUUUUAUGCUAUUGAUAUAUCAAGAUUUCUUGAUAUUUACACGUAUUUUUAAUUUUAAGUUAUUUUUUUAAAUGCUUUAUUAUGAAAGAAGUUCUAAGAAACUACUGAUUAUUUCAGUUUCUUUUUUUUUCUUUUUUUGUAUUAUUUUUUGUAUUAUACAAGUUUUCUAAAUAUUCAUUUAUAUUAAGUCAAUGUAAAAUUAAGUGCAAUAAAAACAGGUAGUUUUAUAUUUGAAUAUUUUAAAUACGAAAUAUAUGAAACAUCUAAAUUAUUCCUGAAUCUAGAAAAAUAUUCAUGAAAUUCAAAUAUAAAUUUUUUAUAGGAUUAAUUCUAAUUUGAUGGAGAAAUUGAUUAAUUCUUUAAUUAAUCCUUAUAAGUAAGAAAAAUUUAUAAAAAGAGUUGUGUUAAGUAAUUUAUACAUAUUUUCUGAACAGGAAAAUAAGUACAAUAGUUCACAUUUCAUGAAUAUUGUAUAUUAUUAUAUAUAUGUAUAAAUGUUUCAGUGUAAAACGAAUUACGAUUAAUCAAAAUAUACCCACUUCUACUCAGGAUGUUUUCUGAUAUAUUAUAAUAUACACAAAAUAAUUCAAUAUUAAUAUGAUUGUUUGCAUAUAUCAUAUAUUAUUAUGUUCAAUCACUUAUAUUUAUAUUGGCUUGAUAUUUAUUGUUUAUUAUAAAAAUCAAUGGUGUAAGAAGAAGGAAAUAUCAUACCCACACUGAUAACUGUUGAUACUUUCAGGGAGUUAAAUGUUUAUAAAAAUAACAAAUACUUUAAUGUUUUAUUUAAAUAUUAAUAUGAUAUAUUUUACACCUUUGAAAGUAUAUUUACAUUUUUAUAUACUUCAUGUGUUUUAUUACAAUUGUUUGUUUAUUUCAGAUAGUUUUCAGAUAGUUUCCCAUCGGGAUGCGGUUAAUGCCUGCUGUAACUUCAUAUACUGUUUACAAUACGAUAGUUGAUCGCUUCGUAAAAUCCAUAAACUUUAAAAAAUGCCACUAGAACCAAUUAUGUUCUAUUUAUACUAUAAUAUUUUGUGUUUUUUAUAUACAUAGAUAUAUAUAUAUUGUAGGAUACUCAUGGUUUUAAUUUUAAGUAAUAAGAAAUGCCAGAAAUUUACAUUAACAUUAUAAUAUGAUAUUAACAUGAUGUCUACUUGUGUUCUACUUAUACUAUUGUAUGUAUUUUUGUUCCAUAACACCUGAUUGUAACAUAAAUUGAAACUGGCAGGUGAAGCAGCAGGUGAGAAACAGGAACGAGGAAUCUGCAACAAAAUACCCAUAUUAUGCUUCCCAUUUAUCAUUAAAGAUACUAAAAAUUAUCCUUACCACUGUAUUGAUAAGAAAUACAUCUAGAUACUUAUUUCGAUAUAUCAUUAUUUAUGUUUCAUUGGUUCAUUCAUGAAACAUUUAUCUUUAGUGAAUUAGGUAAAUUUUAUAAGUAUAAAGCUGACUGUAAGACAGCUAAGAUUCGUUUCUAUUGUUCAUGAAUUGUUUUAUCUAUUAUGUAUGCAAGAGAAUAUGCUACCCUUAUGAUGGUAUACAUAUAUAUGCUAUUAUAAUAAUACUAAAUACAAUUUUACCUUGGUUCCUUUGCUUUUUCUUGUCAAAUACCACUACUAUUUUAGAUUUUUGGAGCAGCCAGUUGUAGGGAUGUUAUCCUACGAUAAAUUUCAUCAAGGGGAUCUACGAUUUUAAGACUUUCAUUCAGCAUUCUGUGUAUUUAUAUUCAAAGGAAUCAGGACCCGCUAAAUUGGAGAUUAAUGGAUGGCAUAUUAAAUCAUACAUUAUUUAUUAUAUAUAACUUAUAGAAUCUUAUACAUUAUUUACUAAUUUUAUCAAAUAAUUCACAAAAAUAUAUUAAUUAUAAUGUAAUAAUUGUUAACAAAUUUUACUAGUCAUGUGUAAACUUAAUUUUCAAAUCAUUCAUUUUAUCAAAAUUGAAUUUGUAAAUUUUUUAUCAUUUACAAUAUCUAAAUAUUUUCUAUUCUUUCUAUAUUUAUACUAUUCAAAUAGAAAUGAUAUAUUUGCAAAUAUGAUUAUCAAUUUUUUGUUAUGUUUUUAUUAUUUCUUUUUAUAAAAUAUAUAAUAUUUUACUUAUUAAAGUAAAUCUAAUAUUACAUAACUAAGUAUUGUAAGAACAUAGAAUUGUAUAUUUAUUAUUUAAUUUUAAUUAUAAAUUGCAUGUGGUUUUGAAUACAUAGACAAAAUUUUAAACAAAAACUUGUUGUUAUUUAUAUUUUUAAAAUAUACUGUAAUUUAUUCUUGCAAUGAUGAAAGAAAGCAUUCAGUUUCAAAGAUAAAUAGCAACUAUUAUUAUACAUGUAUUAAUACACAUAUUAAAUAAUAAAAUUAUUUUUUUUACUCAUAAUAUAUUUUUAUACACUUUAUAAACAUAUUAUCUUCCUUGUACGUGUUAUUAUUAAAUAAUAAAAUUAUUUUUUUUACUCAUAUUUUUAUACACUUUAUAAACAUAUUAUCUUCCUUGUACGUGUCAAACAUUUAAUUUUUCAGGAUUUUAUUUGUUUUGUAUACCUGUAUCUGUUGUUAUAAUACUAUAUAUAUACUAUAUAAUACUAUAUAAUACUAUAUAAUAUUAUAGUUUAUUUUUAUGGUUGAAUAUCUGUAUGUACAAAUCUAUUUGAACAUAGGAAAAUAAUAUGAUUGAAAUAAAAUUUUAUAAAAAUGUGAUGUUAUUGGAUCAUAAUCUCUACAUAUAGGUAAUAAUAAUAAUUCCAAAAUAAAUUCUUUUAGAAUUGUAUUUUUUAUAGAAUUUUAUAA